UUCCAUGAAAUGCGACGUUAAAACAGUACGGCAGCGCGACUUUUUGAUGGUACAAAAAUUUGUUUUUGUUUUUCAGUAUUUUCUUGCCAGUGAAAUUGAAUAGAUGUUUUUGUUCUUGUUUACGUUCCUCUGUUAAUUAAUUUCUCAAAUUUCACCGCAUUUGUUUCAGUCUGCAUUUUAAUUGAAAGUACAUAAAAAUUUAACAUAUUUUCUUGAAAGCAAAAAUAUUUCUGUGGUUAUGAAAUCAAUGGUACCUGGAGUAAAUAAUUUUAGUCCUGAACAUUUUGCACAGUGAAAAAGUGAAAAAAGUGAUUAAGCAACAACAUACAACAUGUAUGGGCAUAUGUGAAUUCGAGAAAGUGGCAUUGUGAAAGUAAAUAAAAGCAAUAAAUAAAAAAGGCAAUUAUUGGAAAAGUACAAAAAUCCAUACAUAUUAAAAGUUCUAUCGUACAUAUCGACGUUUCUUGAAGUUAUAAAUUAGGCUACUUUGCCACAGCGAUAAGAGAUAAGUGAAGAAGAGUACAUCGAAACAAGGCAUAUGGUGGAAGCUCAUUGUUCAUUGGAAUUGGACAAAUUGCUGUCCAAAACAACAAAAAGCUAUCAAGCUUUCGGUAUGUCGAGUCGCACUUAACUAAUCAGUCACUCGCCAGCCACCAAGAUGACGCAGAGCAGCACGGAUUUCACGCAGAUCCAUCACGCAACUAGCGAAAAAGAGCAAGAAGCAGCCGCUACAGCAUCGUUACAACCGCCCGCUACACAGACAGUGACUUCCCCGGCCAACAACCAGAAUUGUGAUAUAUUAUUGGGGAACUUCCAGAUAAAAAAGAAACGCUACCGCGUCUUGCUCAAUUAUGAUCACAUCGUUUGGGAGCGACUGAAGGCGAAGAAGUGUAGCGCGGACACAGAAGCUGAGUGCUAUUUGAAACAAGGCGCAGUUUAUGGCAAACAUACAAAUGUGCUACAUAUAAACGAACUAAUCAGGGUUAGCAAGGGCAAUACAAAGUCAGCGGCAUUACGUAUAGAGGCACCACAGCCGUUAGCGGCCGAUUUUGGUGCACACAUUGCGGGGGAACAGCACAACAGCAAUACGCCGCCGACCGAACAGUACCUGGUCUUAUGGUACGCUGAGCGAAUUGUCCGCUCAGCAACGGAUUGUAACCGCUGGGAUGUUCACAAGCUGGUGUUAUACAAUGCAGAUGCGUACAUUGUGCGACAGUGGCAUGCGCUGCUCAAUAAAAUGCUAGCAAAUACCGCGCCCAUGCGCUUGCGUGUACGUCGGCUGUUGGUCUUCAUCAAUCCAUAUGGUGGGCGCAAGCGUGGUCUGCACGUCUACGAACGUCACUGUAAGCCACUAUUCCAAUUGGCUGGCAUCGAUGCGUCCUGCAUUAUUUCUCAACGCUCAAAUCAGAUACGCGACAUUCUACUGAGCCAUGAUUUGACGCCCUUCGAUGCAGUCUGUUGUGUCGGCGGUGACGGUACUGUUGCGGAGGUAAUUAACGGUCUCAUCUUUCGCGCUAUAUGUGAUGCGGGCCUGGAUGCACGCCAACCGCCAUACGUGCCAAAGCCAGCGCUGCCGGUUGGCAUAAUACCGGCGGGUAGCACGGAUACGGUCGCAUACAGUCUGCACGGCACUUCUGAUGUGCGCACCGCCGCCAUACAUCUGAUUUUGGGUCAACAACGCGGCAUGGAUGUUUGUAGUGUACGCAAUCGCGAGGGCGUCAUGCGCUUUUGUGCGAGUGUCUUGUCCUAUGGCUAUUUGGGUGAUGUGGCGGCGAAGAGUGAGCGUUAUCGUUGGAUGGGUACGAAGCGCUAUGAAUUUGCCGGUGUGAAAACGUUCCUCAAAAACAUUGGCUAUGAGGCGGAAUUGAGCGUGCUGCAGCCCAUUAGGGAGUCCAAUAUAUCUGCUGUAGUAGAAACUAAUGAAACGGGUGCUGCGUGUGUUGAAAGCACGAUUUGCUGUGCGAAUUGUACGCGUUGCGAAGCGAUUAGCAUGCAAGAAGCAGCGCAAACAUCCAAGCGUGCCAUGCUCAAGAAAGCGAUAUUGGCGGGUGUGGUUGGGACGGCGUUAACUAAUGACGAUGAGUUGCCUUCAUCGUCAAAUGCCUCGCUGAAGAGUUGUGAAGACUAUAUUGAUGAACGUGUGGUUGAUACACAUACAGACAGCAACAUUUGUAUGAACAACGAACCUGUGAAGAAAAUAGAUUUGACGAGCUGUGAUAAAAAGUCUGACGUUGCGCCUAAAGUUGCGGCUGCCGAUGAAACUCAGUGGAAAACGGUGAAUGGUAGAUUUUUCAUGAUCAGCGGCGCAAACAUAACCUGCGCCUGUACGCGCAGUCCGAACGGUGUUGCGCGUUACAGUCAUCUUGGCGAUGGCUAUUUGGACUUGAUACUGGUGCGAAAGACAACGCUUUUCAAUAACAUACGACUACUCUUGAAUAUGGCGGGGCACAACGGUGAUAUUAGAUCUUUACCUUUUGUAGAAACUUAUCGCACUAAAAGCUUUUCCUUCCGCUCUCCCAAUGCCAAUCUUGAGGACUUAUAUAGCAUUCGAGGCUCCUGUCAGCCAAUUGCCGAAUCAGCAGUGGGUUAUGAUGAUAAAAAUCUGUCGCGCUGGAAUUGCGAUGGUGAGGUCAUCUACGAUCAGGAACUAACUAUGAUUUCUCAUUGUCAACUUAUUGAUGUCUUCAUGUGUGGCCCACACGUCUACAACAAACCCUUUAAAGGUGACAAGAGAUCGUCAUUGCUGUGCUGCUGCUGCUGCUGUGGUUGUUGUAAAUCGGAUGAUUAACAUAGCGCUAACAUUUUGGAAUUCUUCAUAUUUAAGUUGAAAAGUAUGAUCUUAGAAAAGUUGAUGGGUACAACAAUCGUAUGCUGUUUUAUAUUGACAACAAUAAUGUACUUGCGCAAACGUGUCUUUUCCAAUUAGCUGAAAGUAAAAACUGGAAUAUAUUUAUAAUGAUAAUAAUACAAUACUACGAAUUAUAUAAGCCUAAACAAAGAGGAAAUCCGAUAAUUACGUAAUAGAAAAUGUAUGCACAAAUGCAAUUAUGCUUUCGAGAAUGCUAAGAACGAAGUUGGAAAAAAUCUUAUAAUUACGUAUUUACAUAUAUUUUAAGUGCUUUACAUACCUACAUACAUAUAUAAUAUUAUUUCGCUACUAUUCGAUAUCCAUUCCUCUUAAGUUCUAAAGAUAUUUUGAGUAUGUGCACAUAUAUAUAUAUAUAUAUUAAAGCAUAUCGCAAUUAAACAUUCCUUUAUCAGUAUGAAAAAUAAUUAUGUAAACACUCAUUACAAAUACGAACGUACAUAUGUACAUAUAUAAUUUAUUA